CCUGCCUCAAAAUCAUGGGUGCCUCUGUACUCCGUACCCUGCUGGAAUCUGAUGAGAGCAUAAACCGAUCCACUCGUCCCCACCGGAACUCAUCGCAUGGAUUGCACAUGUGCAAGGGCUGCAACAGCAACCACCAAUCGGUGUGCCGGGGUAAAUACGAAAGAAAGCCGUGGCCGGGAAGUUGUUCCACCGUCUGUCAGUUCCCUUAACCCUCUGGGUCCAGAGGGUCAAUUGGCAGGCCGCUUGCCGUCGUGCAAGCUUCGAGCGGCUGAUGUUAAACAAAGUGGUUGCGUGAUGACCUUGCGAGUAGAGCCGUCGUGUGGCGCGGUGCAACCUGAGCCCGUGGAAGAACUUACCGACAGGCUGGCAGGUCGAGGAGAGGUGGCUACUAGUAGCCACACAGCUCUUCUUCCACUGGCUGGGUAUACCUACAGUUGCUGCCUCACUGUUUGCCCUCACUACUCAGUCGGCUUCUUCACGCAUGACAUGCGUCUUUCAACCGACGUGUCGCCUGGUUCUUGUUACUCCUCUUGCACGAGGUGUGCGAAAUUGCACAGAAUCAAGAGGAUUAGUCUGAUCUUAUUGUUUUCUGGUGGUCAAUCAGCUUCUUGAGAUCAUCAGUCACCCUAGAGCCGAUCAUACAAUUGGUUGACGCGUUUGUUGACAGACAGAAGACAACCACAAUUUCAUCGACUUUAGCUGCGGCUGUUCGACUUGACAGCUCUUGGCAGCCACCAUGAUAGUGAGGUUGCCGCCCAGUCAUGCACUGCGCAUGGAAGAAUCCGACGUCCUCAACAACAUGUCUAAACGUUGACUGCUGUCGACUCGCCACUCAUGGCCAAAGAUUUACAGUAAUCCACUGUACACCAAUUUAAUGUAACCCUUUCCCAUGCGAUUGUUUAGAUACUUCACUUGGAGAGUGCGAUAGCCAGUUCAGUGAUUCUUCCUUUCCAGGAGUUGAUAAUCUCAUUGUUUUUUACAUGCAGUCUACCUCGCGCAAGUAUACUUUUGUGAAAGGCAGUCGC